AUGUUGCAUGAAUGGCAACCGGUUCUCAAGUGGUUGAGCAUCGUUGGUCUGGUGCCAUAUGCUGCCCGCAAUCGCAAACGUGAUUUCCAGUAUAUGCAGCGCAUCUACACAUUAGUGCUACUUGCGGUAAAUUGGAUUCUAACCGCCCUUGGGAUAUACAACCAGUCUUUGGAGGAUGGGGCGGUCGUAUCGAAUUUUAUAUCCAUCAUGGUUUUCCUCAGCCAAACUGUAACAUUCACUGUAUGUUUGUUGGAAGUGAUGUGCACCUAUCGGCAAUAUUUCGUAUUUAUGCAACAAUCCAAGCAUAUUGUGUGGCUCUUCCAGCAACGCUUACAAACCGGUCUCUGCCGCUGGAGUUUGCGGCGGCGACAGUAUUUGAAAUAUUUGUGUUAUUCGUGUGCUGUCUAUGGCAGCAUAAUCUUAUCGAUGGUGCUGAUUUCAAUGAAAUACUAUUAUGGAUACUUUUGGUAUGCAUGCGGCAGCAGUUUGGUAUUGCGCAUCCGUUGCUUCUUGGUCAUCGUCUAUAUGGACUAUAUCGACUUCUAUAUGAGACACGUGAACAUGAAGUUACGUUCGGUGGUCAACUGCCGUGUGCCCAGGGAGCGGCGUUUAUGUUUGGAUGUGAAUUACAAAAUGUUGGAAUCUUUUGAUUAUAUGUUGCAACUGAAAUUGGUGUAUGGAGAAAUACGCAAGUUGUCGCUAAUGAUCGACGAUUUAUUUGGUUGGUCGAUUUGCGCUAUAUUUACAGCGAUUUUUCUAGAUCUUACCGUCAAUAUUUACUGGACAUUUCUGAUUUUAUCAAAUGUUGUCGAGUUUUAUUUCAUCUACAUAACAAUAAUAACUGCACUCCCACUGAUGGCUAUUAUAGCAUAUAUGUGCCACUCCGGCGAAAAUUGUAAGCAGCAGUCAAUUACUACUAGCAUUUUAGUGCAACGGUUAUUACAUAGUAAGCAUAAAUAUACAAAUACCAAAAUCUAUAACGAUUUGCUAAUGGAAUUCGCAAUGCAAAUACAACAAGAUCCUAUGGUAAUAGUGGUGAAGGAAUUUUUGACUUUGGAUCUACGACUGCUUAUGAAGAUAUUUACUUCAAUUGUCACAUAUUUGGUAAUAUUACUACAAUUCCGCUGGAUAUAUCCUGGUGAAUACGGUAAUGAAUGA